AUGGUCCUCCGGGCUACUGCCCCUUGUCCGGGCUGCCUCGGCUUGAAUAGACCACAAUUAAGCCCAUGGCUUUCACCAUCGCGUAGUGGCACGCGCAUCUUUGCGACGUCGCAAAACCCUCUACAAAAACCUCAUAUUCUAAGUUUAACCUCGAAAACACAACUGGGUAUAGCCAGAUUCAGUUCCAAUGCCGCCAAUAAACCCGCCACUACGCAGAAAGAUCCUCUCGCCACUAUCGACAAAAGCGCUCAGGAGCAACGGAAAGCGGAUUGGGCAAUAAUGAAAGAGAUGGCACAUUACCUAUGGCCAAAGGAUAGCUUCAAUACUAAAUUACGCGUGUCAUUGGCUGUUGUACUUCUCGUUGGGGCCAAGGUAUUGAAUGUCCAAGUACCCUUCUACUUCAAGAGCAUUGUGGAUGCUAUGAAUAUUGAUGUGGGAGAUAUGGGUGGUACCGCCGCUAUGGUAGCUGGAAGCAUGAUAGUAGCAUACGGCGCAACGAGGAUAGGGGCAACCAUCUUCCAAGAGCUACGAAAUGCCGUGUUUGCUUCGGUAGCACAGAAGGCUAUACGGAAAGUUGCUUGCAAUGUCUUUGAUCACCUACUGCGCCUAGACCUGAACUUUCAUCUCACCAAGCAGACUGGUGGUUUAACAAGGGCUAUCGAUCGAGGUACCAAAGGCAUCAGUUUCCUACUUACUAGUAUGGUAUUCCACAUCUUCCCCACGGCUUUGGAGAUAGGCAUGGUAUGCGGAAUCCUUACUUGGCAAUAUGGUGCGAAAUAUGCUGCCAUCACGGCUAUCACGAUGACCGCGUAUACUGCAUUUACUAUUUGGACCACCUCCUGGCGAACUAAGUUCCGAAGGCAGGCCAACGCCGCAGAUAAUAAGGCCUCGACAGUAGCUGUCGACUCGUUAAUAAACUACGAGGCAGUCAAGUAUUUCAACAACGAAAAAUUCGAAGUUUCUCGGUACGAUAAGGCGCUUCAGGAAUAUGAAAAGAGUUCUAUCAAGGUUGCGACUUCGUUGGCUUUGCUCAACAGCGGCCAGAACAUUAUUUUCUCGAGUGCCCUAACAGCCAUGAUGUACCUUGCCGCCAACGGCGUGGCAAGCGGCUCCCUGACAGUGGGCGACUUGGUUAUGGUCAACCAACUUGUCUUUCAGCUUUCCGUCCCGUUGAACUUUCUAGGUUCGGUUUACCGAGAGCUCAGGCAAUCCCUUCUUGACAUGGAGACUCUCUUCAACUUACAAAAAGUGAAUGUUACUAUUAAGGAACUUCCUGAUGCGAAGGCGCUUCAUCUUUCUAAAGGAGGCGAGAUCAAGUUCCAGAAUGUGAACUUCGGCUACAAUGCAGAGCGCCCCAUUCUCCGAGAUCUAACAAUGACAAUUCCCGCCGGUAAGAAGGUCGCUAUCGUAGGUCCAAGUGGAUGUGGAAAGUCUACAUUAUUAAGGCUCCUUUUCCGAUAUUAUGAUGUUGAGAAUGGUCGUAUUCUCAUCGAUGAUCAAGACAUUCGUCACGUUACGCUAGAGUCGCUGCGCAAAUCGAUUGGCGUUGUCCCGCAAGACACUCCGCUUUUCAAUGAUACUGUUGCACACAACAUCAAAUAUGGUGAUCUGUCGGCGCCCGAAGACCGAGUGAUCGCAGCCACCAAACGUGCUCGAAUUCAUGACAUUAUUUCUAGCUGGCCUGCGGGAUACCACACCAAAGUUGGCGAGAGGGGUAUGAUGAUCAGCGGAGGAGAGAAGCAACGUCUUGCGGUCUCCAGAUUACUGCUGAAGGACCCUCCUCUGCUAUUCUUUGAUGAGGCGACGAGCGCACUGGAUACGCAUACGGAGCAGGCACUCAUGCAAAACAUUAAUAGCAUCCUCCGAGAAAAGGCGCGGACGAGCGUGUUCGUAGCCCAUCGAUUACGAACUAUAUACGACGCCGACUUGAUCAUCGUAUUAAGGGAAGGCAGAGUGGCCGAACAAGGGACGCAUAAAGAGCUCAUUGACCGAGGUGGGCUAUACUCGGAGCUCUGGAGCGCUCAAGAAACUCUGUUCAACUCUGAUGGGGAGAAAGAAGGAGUGGCUAGCGAAAAAAGUAAAUGA